AUGGUGGCGAUAUCCAUGUACAGAGGCAACCUCCACAAAGUUCCCGACGUGCCUCGCCGAUGGAGAAUGCCGGACCGUAAUCUCUCUUUCAAGGACUUCAAAUCUCUCCUCCAUCGCCGUAAACGAGCUCUUUCUCGUCUCUCUCCUUAUUCCAACCCUAACCUGAGCCGUAACGUCAAGUCUGAGCUGAUUACCGAACUGCAAGAUGCAAUUCGAUCUGAAAGGCCCGGUUCGUCUGGGAAGCAGAAGCUCGUUGAGGUGAAGAGAGAGGAGAUUGGUGGGAAUCGGGUUAGGGGAGAUGAGAAUGGCAGAUGUGAUGGUUUUGAAGGAGCUCGAGCAGGAGGAUCGGACGGUGGAGAUCGUCCCGGGAGUGUGAUGGAAUUGCUAUCGAAGAAGGAAACUGAUAAUGUGCCACACGAAGAUCCGGCGAACGAGAAGGCGGAGGCAAAGGAAAUAGCUGAAGAAGUACCAAGCGAAAUAGAGAAGAAACAGAAAGAAGUGGAGGAGCGAUUACAAGUUUUGAACGCAAAGAAACACAAUCUAGUCCAAGUGCUUAAGCAGAUUUUGAAUGCUGAGGAAGAAUUGAAAAGGCGCAGCAUCGUGCAGCAACAAGGAACAACAGCGACUCGACCUUCCCUUCCACUCCAUGUGGAUGUCUCUAAUGAUUCAGGAGGUAAUCCUGGUGCUCAUAUGGAAGGUGGAGAAACAGAUGACGCAGCGAAUCAUACCAAUGCUCAAACUCGCACUGUUCUUCGACUAUGUGGUGCUUCUUCCUCAUCUGAAUCUCCUCUGAGAAGAGCAGCGGCCAUUUCGCAACACAAUAUGGUUCCACAUCCUUCUCGAUGGAGCUCACGCGUUGGUCCGUCUCAACCCGGGACUGCUUCUGCUUCAGGAACAAACUACAUUGCGUCUUCUCCUUCACCAGUUGGUUCUGGUGGCACUUCUGUUUUCAGAGAAUCACGGCUUCAGAGUCCAUGGAAUUAG